UAUUUCUUUUUUUUCUCCAGGAACAAAGAACGGACAAUACGUCUUCCAACUGACCCCUGAUACUUCGAAAACUGUGAUCUCAAACGCCAGAAAAUCGUGUUUGAGCUGGUUUAUUCGGGAUUCUCUAGAUCCAUGGCAACCAGACAGAGAGCCUUGCCCAUGUACUGCUAUACAAGCAAGGUCGGAUAGAAGAUUCUCCAUCUCAAUUGAGUUAUACCUACAUUGGAUAAAAAUAUAUUCUGAAUACUGGUGGUGGUCAUAUUGGGGUUAUCCAGAUGGAAGCAACUUCACAACCACUGAGUGGAAUUACGAUGAGGCCGAAUUCUCUCGCUGCUACCAGAUGAGAGUCGGCACGGGUCCUCGUUGUUGCUAUGGCAGCCGGGAGAGAAACUUUAAUAGAUGGUGGGGUUGGUGGCUUGGGGGGCCAAUCAUCGAGGGGCCACGUGGUAGUCGAUAUGAGAGACAUCAGAUACCUAUCGUUGAGAGAUCAACUUCACGGUGGUGGUGGUGGAGCUCUAUAUGGUAUAGGGAACAAUCUGUUCUUGACCGACAAUAUCAACUUGCAAUGGAUAAUGAUUUGAAGCCUCGCCGACAUUGCUGUAUUGAAAGUGAAUCUAACUUCUACUGCGGCCUUUAUAAACAGAAUCGACCGACUGCUACUUGUGAGGGAUAUGUGCAGAGGUGGCCAUCUUGGAACUGGGGCGACCCGCACAUCACAACAACGGAUGGCAACUCCUACACCUUCAACGGCAUCGGUGAAUAUCAUUAUCUUUACGCACCUGAUGUGUUAUCGGUGCAAGGAAGAAUCAAGAAAGCAACGAAAGAAGACGGCACAGAAGCGGGGGGAACUAUAUUUGUCUCGUUUGCGAUCCGAGACUUCACGUUUAAUACCUCAGGAAUUGUCCAGUUUGAUGUCGACCCCAACCAUGUGAAUGGAACCGGAAUCCUGGUUCGGGUUAAUGGAGUUUUGCAAAACAAUAUUACAGAAACUGCUAUGGAUGUUAACCAAGUAUCGCUUUCAACGAGUAGCGGGGCUGUUGAAGCUGCUUUCCCAUCUGGUUCAUCAGCUUCGGUGUCGGCUUCAGAUUUUAUGUUAUCAAUGGAAUUUACUGGAGACACCAACAGCUUGAUGAAUAUUUCAAAGGGUUUGCUUGGCGCAUGGAAUGGCAUCAAAUCCGAUGACUUUGAGUUUAGAAACGGAACGGUUCUUAAACUAUCGGACAUAGAAGUAACUGAGAACUCGGAUAUUUUGAACGGAACACUUUCGGAACAAAAACUUUAUCCAUUCGGACUCUCAUGGAAAAUCAUGGAGGAUGAAAGUAUCUUCAACUACACUGGUGGCAACGACACAUACGCGUUACACAACCCAACCCCAACCUCUGACCCCCCAUUUUUGGAGGUUCUGGUGAAGGAACAAGCGGGGCAAAGUCAUUUUGAAUCUGUGAAGGCCAACUGUACGACUAAUGGGGUUGUAUCUACCACUUGUUUGUAUGAUGUGCUGGUCACCAACAGAACAGAGAUUGGUCAAACUACUUUAUCAGAUGCAGCAACUUCAUCAGCUGUUGCUAGUGCUAAUGCCAACACCCCACCCAAUGCAACAAUAUCCGAUGGCGAUCAUGUGGAAAACGGGAACACUUUCCUCGCAAAACUGAACUCUUCAUCCACGAUGACUGUUAGCGCUAUAGACCCAGAUGGUGACAGUGUUACCUUCCAUAUUUUCCCCAAUAAUUCUGUGGCUGGCAUCACUGUGGAUGAAAAUUCUGGCGUUGUAUCAUGGACACCAACUGAAGCAAACCGAAUCCAAGGAACCACCAACCAAACUCUUGUAAUACAAGCUAUUGAUUCUAAUGGGGGAGAAACUUUGUUGACAGUGAAUAUAAAGCUAUGUGUUUGCAACAACAGUGGUGUGUGCUUGUAUAAUGAGACUUUACUUGGUGUGGAAAAUUAUGAGGUAAUUAACCCAUUCGUGAACCCGGUUACUGUACUGAGCAAAUCACUAUCGUGCGUUACUGUUUUAAUUGAUGAUGGAUCAUUAUAUGGGUUGUAUGAGGUAAAAGCAGUUUCAAACCAAAACAACUUCUUGGUGAACUCAUCAGCAAUAAAGACAAAAAUAUGUGGUUUAAGUCCAAACACCCAGUAUAAUAUAAGUGUGAGGGUUCUUGCGUUGAAAGGUUCGAACCAACUUUUCACCACAACCGAAUUCAGUGCCAUUACUGCGGCAAAGACAGAUGCGCUUAAAAUCCGAUUGUCGCUUCGUGUUUUAUCGGAAACAUUCGUGACUGAAAUGUCAAACAUUGCAUCGGCAUCUGCUGUGGCUUUCAGGGGAAGACAUGAAUCAACACUUAAUAAUGGACUGGUUUUCACAAAUGGUGGAAACACAUUGACGUCAUCGGUUCUUGUGUUUAUCCGGCUUUCAGCUGGUAGUGUCCGAGCAGACUCGGAAGCGUUACUCACCUCGCAAAAUAUGGCUGACUCAUCAGCAACAGCGGCUGGUACUAACCUCGACUCAGCAGUUUAUGCCGACGUUAUGACAAUUACAGACUUUCCCGACCCCCCUGCCAACCUUGUGAUAUCUGAAGUCACUGAUUCAACGAUUACUGUGAGAUAUGAUGAAGUUGCUUCAGCUAUUCAUUAUGAAAUACAGUUAACUUGCACGACCACAAGCGUGAACCUGGUGACUACUUCCACCACCUACACCAUACCAGACCUGCCAUCAAACACGAUAUGUUCCGUACAAGUUCGCGUUCUAGUGGCACUAGUGGCAGCAGCUGCAAGAUCAGAUUAUUCCGACUCCAUUGAAACUACAACCGUACCUGCGGUUCUUGGUCUCCAAGCAACUUCCAUCACAGAAACGAGUGCCGUGAUUUCAUUCAACUCAGUAACAAGGGGCGUGUACUACACCGUCCAAUCAGCUGCUAGCCCUAUUAACCUCACCCAAUCACAAGUCGUUUCUGGGAAUUUAAGUUUGAGCGUAGGGGGGUUGGUUAAAAGUACAACUUAUACAUAUACAGUUGUAGCAGUUGCUUUAGACGUCGAUGGCAACCUUCACUCAAGCGCGCCUGCAACUCUUACGUUCACUACAAGUGGUUUGUGCGGUGUCAAUCCUUGCUUUAACGGAGGAUUGUGUUCGGAAGACGGGACCCUCGUUGGCUGUUUGUGUCCGUCUGGUUACACAGGGAUAUUAUGCGAGGCUAAAGAUAAUUCGGAGGCAUUAAAGAUCGGCCUUGGUGUAACUGGUGGUGUAAUUGGAGGGGCAUUGAUCGUACUUGUGUUGGUUUGGUACGUUAAGAAGAGACCACAAGCUUACUCUCUUCAUCCUGAUGAAAAACCUUCCAAUUUUGAAGAGUAAAAGAUAAUGUCCAUCGUCAUGCAAAAUAUUUAUAACGGCCAUGAAAGUUCAUUUUGUAGUUUUUUCAUAACUUUUUUCUUUUUUUAGAACUUUUUUUACUUUUUUUUGUAGUUUUUUUUACUAGGAUCAGUAGAAGCACUCACAGCACUUAUCUAACCACUGUGUUUGUAGUUUUGUAAUAAUUGAUACAUUGUCAUCUGUUAUGACAUCACUAGUAUGACAUCAUAAUCACUGAGGAUGCCACUGGAUGAUUGGAUGACUAAAUGAUGUAAUAAUGAUGUCAAUUUUUUUUGUUUUUAGUUUUAUAAAUAAAAAAUCUUCGGUAUAA